AUGCAACUAUCUAUCAGAACCAUAACUUCUGUCUUGGCUGCAAUUACCAACAUCCUCUCAGUCAGAGCUGAAGAUGCUGUUGCGCCAGAGGAUUCUGCUGUCGUCAAGCUUACCCAAGAUACCUUCAAGGAAUUCAUCGAAUCUAACCCUUAUGUGUUGGCCGAAUUCUUUGCUCCAUGGUGUGGUCAUUGUAAGAGAUUAGGUCCAGAAUUUGCCUCAGCAGCGGAUUCAUUGGUUGAAACCCAUCCUGAGAUUAAACUAGCUCAAAUUGAUUGUACCGAGGAGAGAGAUCUAUGUGCUGAUUUUGAGAUUAGAGGUUACCCAACCUUGAAGGUUUUCAAGGGAGACACCGAAAAUAUUUCCGACUAUCCUGGUCAAAGAUCCUCGGAUUCCAUCCAAAGCUAUAUGGUCAAACUAACCUUACCAGCCGUCCAAGUUUUCACUGAUGGUAAAGAAAUUGAUGCAAAGGUUGGUGAUUUAACCGAAUCUUUCAUUCUCCAAAUCUUACCAGAAGGUGCUGAAGAAUCUGCUUCAAAUACUACUUUUUAUGACGUUGCUAACAAGUAUAAGGAGCAUUUCACCUUUGCUUCAACCUCAGAUAAAGAUUACGUGAAAAAGUAUGCUAACGGUAAAAAACCUUCUUAUGUUGUUUUCAGAAAGGGUGAAACCGUUGACGAUGCAUCUGUUUAUAAGGGGGAAGACAUUGGCGAAGAAGCAGACCGCUUGGUUGAGUUUAUUGAUGUUGAGUCAAAGCCAUUAUUUGGUGAGAUUAACGGCGCAACCUACCAAGCUUAUACCUCAGCCGGCAUUCCAUUGGCAUACUACUUUUAUUCUUCCACCGAGGAAAGAGAUGUUGCUGAACCAAUUAUCAAAAAAUUGGCAAAGAAGUACAGAGGUGAAUUAAACUUUGUUGGCUUGGAUGCGGCUCAAUUCGGUUUACAUGCCCAAAAUUUGAAUAUGCAAGAAGAAUUCCCUCUAUUCGUUAUACAUGAUCUUGAGUCUAAUAAGAAAUACGGUAUUGAUCAAUCCAAGGAGUUAGACAACAACGAUAUUCCACAAUUUGUUCAAAAGUUCAAGGCAGGUAAAUUAGAUCCUAUUGUUAAAUCUGAACCAAUUCCAGAAUCCCAAAACUCUUCUGUUUAUCACUUAGUUGGUGCAGAACAUGACGCUAUUGUUAAUUCCAAGAAGGAUGUCUUUGUUAAAUAUUAUGCACCAUGGUGUGGUCACUGUAAAAAAUUAGCUCCUGUCUUUGAAGAACUAGCUUCUCUAUUUGAAGGAAAAGAUGUCAUAGUUGCCGAAAUAGAUCAUACCCAAAAUGAUGUGGAAGGUGUUGAAAUUCAAGGUUACCCAACCUUAGUUUUGUUCCCAGCGGAUGGUUCUGAACCUGUUUACUAUGAAGAGAACAGAUCUUUAGAAUCAAUGGCAGAGUUCAUCAAGGAACAUGGUUCUCUGAAGAUCGAUGCGUUUGGAGAUGCAAAAGAAGAAGUUGAAUCUACCGCCACUGGUGCUCAAGAAACCGAAGCACCAGAAGCAGCAGCAGAAAACGAGAAUGCUCAUGAUGAGCUAUGA